AUGCAGCCAAAUAAAUCGCUAACUGCGUCGAUAUUCGCACCGAAAACACCCGGUCCCUCAAAUCCAAUUCCAUCGUCCUCACCAGCCUUUGGUACACCAGCUCACACACUGAAGCCGUUUGCUAUAGCACCUCCUACCAAGGCUACUAUCCUUCCAAUUCUCCUCCCACCCGCGACACUACGACCCCUAGCAUUCCGGACUUUUACAAAAAAGCAUAGCUUAACUCUCACAUCUUCCGCUUUACAGGAACUAGCCACCUUCACUGGUCGGCAUUGUGGUUCAGGAUGGCGUGAAGAAGGGUUAGCAGAAAAAGUCCUAGAGGAGGUAGCCAAGAGCUGGAAGAACCGAAAUGGAGGUGUUAUAGUGGAUGGUGCUAGUGAUGAGCUCAAAGAUAUCCUUAAGACUCUCGAGGGGAAUAUGAGUGGUGGAAGGAUAGUGACAGGACGAGAACUAAACCGACAAAAUAGUCUUGUUCUGGACUCUAGCCAAGAAGCCGACUUGACGAACACGAGAUUAGGACUGAGACCGACGAAAGCUUUAACACACGAUGAUAGUGCAUCGAGUUUUGGCAUGUCAGGACUGGGAGUCAAUGAAGAAGAGCCCAGCGACGAGGGCUUAAGUCAUCCGAGAAAGUGGUUGAAGAUUAUCAGUGCAUACGAUCAACCACGAAUGAUAUACAAUGUCACGAAGAAACACUUUGAGAAGGACCCUUCGAAACCAUCUCUAAUGCCUCCAGCAUCCCAUAAAACCUCCUUAUUCCGCAAUAGAUAUAAUGUCAUACACCAAAGACUCCUCCGAAACGAAUCCUUCCAGAGCUCAUCAGUAGCAACCACAAAAGCAGUCCCAUCCUUCAAAAGAUCCAAUUCUUCCAACGUGACCACCCAACAAAGCUACAAAAUCACACCGAUAGCAAACCUACUCGGCCGACACGGUAGUCACCACAUGCUGCUCGGUUUACUCUCAAUCCUACCUACCGGGAAUCUCGCAAUAUGUGAUUUGACCGGAACAAUCUCGCUGGACUUAUCUCACGCUGUAGCUAUACCAGAAGAUUCAGCCUGGUUCACGCCGGGAAUGAUUGUGCUAGUAGACGGCGUAUACGAGGAAGAGGAAGAAUCAACAGGCAAGGGUCUGGGUAAUAGCAACGGUGUCGGUGGUAUUAUCGGUGGCCGAUUCCAGGGAUUCUUCCUCGGACAACCGCCCUGCGAGAAGCGCAAAGCGACCCUAGGCGUCAGUGGGCCAGACGAGCACACUAUAGGAGGUGGGUUCGGCUGGAUCGACUUCUUGGGUGUAGGUAGCGAGCGCGCCGUUGGAACGAAAAUGCGUAAACUUGAGCAGCGCAUCUUACGACAACAUCGACAAUCCCAACCCGAAUCCCCCCUUGACACGAUAGCACCGAGUAACAUGCGCGUAAUCGUCAUCAGCGACUUGACCCUUGACCAACCGCGUGUCUUACAAGCUCUACGCAAGAUCCUUACGGUCUACUCCACGGAACCUGAGGGGAGUACACCCAUGACAUUUGUGCUUAUGGGAAACUUCACACAACACGCGGUAAUGGCAGGUGGUGGUGCUAGUGGGGGGAGCGUAGAAUACAAAGAACAUUUUGACGCCUUGGCAUCCGUAUUAUCAGACUUCCCCUCCCUCUUACAAACCUCAACGUUUACUUUCGUGCCCGGCGACAACGACGGCUGGGCCUCAUCGUUCGGCGCUGGUGCCGCGGUGCCGUUGCCCAGAAAAGGGGUUCCAGAUAUGUUCACCAGUCGUGUACGCCGGGCAUUUGCGUCCGCGAAUGCGGAAGUAGCGCAGGCAGGCGCGGACGAUGGGAAGAGAUGCCCCGGCGAAGCAAUCUGGACGACAAACCCAGCACGCCUAUCUGUUUUCGGUCCUGCGCACGAAAUCGUAGUAUUCCGCGACAACAUGUCAGCACGUCUACGGCGCGCAGCUGUUCGACUUAAGGGAUCGAAAGCUGACCAAGAGGAUGACGAACCCGAAAAACCUACUACAAAUAACAAAGACAAAAACAAUGACGACGAUGACGAUAUAGACAUGUCCAACACCCUCGAUAACGCCGACGCCAUGGACGUCGACCCCACCACCACCACCAACAAAUCCAACACAAACCCAGAAGUCCCCCACGACAUCCACAACGCACGUAAACUAGUAAAAACAAUCCUAGACCAAGGCUACUUAUGUCCCUUCCGCCAAUCCUCUCGCCCGGUACUUUGGGACCGCGCGGGUGCGCUGCAUUUAUAUCCCCUACCCACGGCUAUGGUACUCGCGGAUCCGACGGCGCCCCCGUUUUGCGUUACGUAUGAGGGGUGUCAUGUGAUGAAUCCCGGGCCUGUGCUAGUUGCGGGUAGGAGAGGGGUGGGAAGGUGGGUUGAGUACGAGUUGGGGGGGACCGGGAGGGUGAGGGAGUGUCUGUUUUAG